AUGUCGCUCAUCAAGCGGCGCGCAAGUACCAUGGUUCUUGAGACUGCGAGGAUGAGUGUCCUCCACGGCCCCCUCCAACCGCUAACACGCCCCGGCGACACAUCCCACCCAACCGGCUUCUACCGUGACGGGUACUGCUGGGGAUCGUCGGAUGAUCCGGGCCGCCACUAUGUUGGCGCGGUCAUGUCCAAGGCGUUUUUGGAGUUUAGUAAGGAUAGAGGCAACGACCUGAGUUCGCGGCGCCCUGGCUUCCGCGGCCUGACCGAGGGAUGCAAGUGGUGUCUCUGUGUUGAACGAUGGAAGGAGGCGCUCGUCGCGUCCGAGACGCUUGGAAGGCAUAUUGUUCCGCGCGUCGACCUCGCCGCCACAGCCCUCGACACACUGCGCGACAUGUCAAUCGACGACCUCGAGCAAUUCGCCUACGACCCGGCCUCUUCUGAACCCGAAGCGGAAGGCCCCCGCUCACCCUUCUCCUCGGGCAGUGGGGGUACGGGCUCGCGUGGUGACAAUAUACGUCGGAACGGCUCGUGA